GGAAACCGGAGGAAGAUGGCGGCGCGCUGGAGCAGUGAAAAUGUAGUGGUGGAGUUUCGGGACGCUCAGGCCACGGCCAUGUCUGUGGAUUGCCUGGGCUCCCACGCUGUUCUGUCUUGUCGUCACUUCCUGUACAUGGUGAAUCUGGAGGCUCCGUCUGAAGUGCCYCGUAAGAUGGGACAUCACAGUAAGUGGGACUUGGGAACGGUCCAGUGGAACCCUCACAGAUCAGAGGCUCAUGUUUUUGCUGCCUCGAUCAACCAGCGCGUGGAUCUGUACUCGUGGAGGGACGGCUGUGGGGAGGCCCACACCUCCCUGCAGGGACACACCCGGGUCAUCAGUGAUCUGGACUGGUCCUGGUUUGACCCGCAGCUCCUGGUCACCAGUUCUGUGGACACCUACAUGUACAUCUGGGACACCAGAGACACUCGGAAACCCACAGUGGCUCUCUCUGCUGUCGCCGGAGCGUCUCAGGUGAAGUGGAACAAGAAGAACCAGCACCUGCUGGCGUCCAGUCAUGACGGAGACGUUCGAGUCUGGGACAAACGAAAACCCAGCACGGCGGUGGAGUACGUGGCCGCUCACCUGUCCAAGAUCCACGGCCUCGACUGGCAUCCGGACAACGAGUUUGUCUUUGCCACGUCCAGCCAGGACAACUCGGUGAAGUUCUGGGAUUACCGCCAGCCCAGGAAGUACCUGAACAUCCUGUCCUGUCAGGUCCCAGUGUGGAAGGCCCGGUACACGCCCUUCUCCAACGGUCUGGUCACCGUCAUGGUUCCUCAGCUGAGGAGGGAGAACAGCCUGUUGCUGUGGAGCACUCUGGACUUCAACAGUCCGGUCCACGCUUUUGUCGGGCACGACGACGUGGUUCUGGAGUUCCAGUGGCGGCCGCAGAAGGAAGGCUCUAAGGACUUCCAGCUGGUCACCUGGUCCAGGGAUCAGACUCUGAGGAUUUGGAGGGUGGAUCCUCAGCUGCAGAAGUUGUGUGUCAGUGAYAUGGUGGAGGACCUGAUGGAGGGGAUGUCCCUCACCGUGGAGUCUGAAAAGUCCAUGUCCUCUCAGGAGCCCGAGGGCCAGCAGAGUGCAGGUCCCUCUGCAGACAACCUGCAGGACCAGGACUCAGCAGCAGGUUUGGUCCUCACUCAGACCCUGCAGCAGGAGUUCUCCCUCAUCAACCUGCAGAUCAGAAACGUCAACGUGGAGAUGGACGCCAUGAACCGGAGCUGUGUGGUGUCGGCCCACUUCGGCAGCCAUCAGGUUCACCUGGUGGUUAAAUUCCCUGCGCAGUACCCCAACAACGCAGCACCGUCCUUCCAGUUCGUGUCCCCGACCACCAUCCCCUCUGCUAUGAAAAGCAAGAUCCAGAAGAUCCUGAGRGACACGUCUUUCCAGAAGGUGAAGAGGAACCAGAACUGCUUGGAGCCGUGUGUCCGGCAGCUCGUCUCUUGUCUGGAGUCUGAUAUGACGCAGGAGGACAGUCCGGUGUCCGGCCCCUUCGUCCUGUCCAAUCCCGUCACUCCAUCCCUUCAGGCGUUUCCUCGAGUCACCAACACGUACGGCUCCUAUCAGGACGCCAACAUCCCCUUCCCUCGGACGUCUGGAGCUCGUUUCUGCGGCACCGGAUGUCUGGUUUACUUUACCCGACCAAUCACCAUGCACCGCUCUGCCCCGCCCACCGAGCCCACGCCCAGGUCUCUGUCGGCUCUGUCAGCUUAUCACAGCGGAGUUCUGACUCCGAUGAAGAUGCGUUCAGAGUCUCAGAGCACUCUGCGGCUGUACAGCGGCAGCCCGACUCGCUCCGAUAAAGACACCGUCUCCAUCUCCUCCUUCUACUACAAAGAGCGGAAGCUUCCAAUGUCCGCCUCCCGCCGCUGGUCUGUCCAAACCCUCCAUGAUUGGCCGAAAUCCCGCCGCUUUAAGACGAAGAGGGAAGGGGUGGACUACGGCAACCGUCCCAUCAAACUGGCCGGGAAGGUCAUCAUCCAGGAGAUCUCCUGCCUGUUGCCCGUCCACAAAACCCUGGGGGAGAGCUACAUUCUGAACAUGAAUGACAUUCAGGACACCUGUCAGAAGAACGCAGCAGCAGCUCUGGCAGUCGGACGCAGAGACGUAGCGAAGGUUUGGGCCUUGGCUUCUGCAGCCACCAGUCAGGACCUGAGUCCAGAUUCUGACCCAGACACAGAGACCCCCUGGGCCAGACACCCGUUUGGGCGCCACCUGCUGGAGACGCUUCUGGACCACUACAGCCAAAUGAGUGACGUUCAGACCCUGGCCAUGCUGUGCAGCGUGUUCAGAGCUCAGGCUCCGCCCCCUGACUGCUACUCGCURUACGGACACCAUUCGUCUCGUUUACCUCCACACUAUCGAUACCCCAGCUUCACAUCCAGCUCCAUCACCUCGGGUUCGUGCUCCAGCACCUCGGACUCCACCACGGCCAGCGCCUGGAACAUAGUCAGGGACUCUGAGCACGCCAACCCCUGGGGCGAACCUUCCCCUGAAGACUAUCGCUAUGGCAGCCAGGGUUACARCGAUCCUCGGGAACGGGAGCGAGAGCUGCAUGACAUGAACAAAAGGCUGCUGGACCCGGCCAACACGCUGCAGUUUGACGACUUUAAGAAAUGUUACGGUGAGAUCCUGUACCGCUGGGGUCUGAGGGACAAGAGAGCAGACGUGCUGAAGUUCACCUCCAGCCCUCCAGAACCACACAAAGGGAUCGAGUUCGGUGUGUACUGCUGCCACUGCCGCAGCCAGGCCCGCGGGACCCAGUGCGCCGUCUGCAAGCGCCUGACCUUCCAGUGCGCCGUGUGCCACGUGGCGGUCCGAGGCUCGUCCAACUUCUGCCUGAGCUGUGGCCACGGGGGGCACACCAACCACAUGAUGGACUGGUUCCGCCGGCAGGACGAGUGUCCGGCCGGCUGCGGCUGCCAGUGCCUCCUGCAGAGCGCGCUGUGAUGGAAAUAUCAGGACAAAUGUUGCUUUAUUUUACCUUUAACUACUCCUAUAUGCUUAAAUAAAUAUUUAUUUUUAUGUAGCGUAUGUAAAUAACUUCUAAUAAGGGUUUAGUUUG